CACUCGACAAGUUAAGCCCCAACCGAAAGUCCUAAUUUCUCAACAUACAUCUCUCUAAUCACAAAACCCCUCUAAGCUAAACUCCACACUCUCCCAUGGCGGCAGCAAUAAUAUCGCCGCCCCAAACCCGAAAACUUCCACGCCCAGGCCGUGGAGGCGUAAUCGCUCAUGGCCUCACCGAAGAAGAAGCUCGUGUUAAAGCUAUCGCUGAAAUCGUCUCUCAAAUGGUAGACCUUUCUAGAAAAGGAGAAACUGUUGAUCUUAAUCUCAUCAAAUCCACCGCAUGUCGUAAAUAUGGCCUCGCCCGUGCACCUAAACUCGUUGAGAUGAUCGCUGCUUUACCAGAUUCUGAGCGCGAGGUUCUACUCCCUAAACUCCGUGCUAAGCCUGUCCGAACUGCGUCUGGGAUUGCAGUUGUUGCGGUGAUGUCUAAACCUCAUAGGUGCCCUCAUAUUGCUACUACUGGCAAUAUUUGUGUGUAUUGUCCUGGUGGCCCUGAUUCUGAUUUUGAAUAUAGUACUCAGAGUUAUACUGGCUAUGAACCUACUAGUAUGCGUGCUAUUCGUGCCAGGUAUAACCCUUAUGUCCAGGCCAGAAGUAGAAUUGAUCAGCUUAAGCGGUUGGGUCACAGUGUUGAUAAGGUUGAGUUCAUUUUGAUGGGUGGUACAUUUAUGUCACUUCCGGCAGAAUAUCGUGAUUACUUCAUAAGGAACCUGCACGAUGCCUUAUCUGGACACACAUCUGCGAAUGUCGAAGAAGCUGUUGCCUACUCUGAACACAGUGCAAUAAAGUGUAUUGGAAUGACUAUUGAGACGAGACCAGACUAUUGCCUUGGCCCACAUUUGCGGCAGAUGCUAUCUUAUGGUUGCACACGAUUGGAAAUUGGAGUUCAAAGCACAUAUGAGGAUGUUGCCCGGGACUCAAAUAGAGGUCAUACUGUAGCUGCCGUAGCUGACUGUUUUUCCUUGGCAAAGGAUGCUGGUUUUAAGGUUGUUGCUCAUAUGAUGCCUGAUCUUCCAAACGUCGGGGUUGAGAGGGAUAUGGAGAGUUUCAAGGAAUUCUUUGAAAGUCCUGCUUUUAGAGCUGAUGGACUCAAGAUAUACCCUACUCUUGUAAUUCGUGGAACUGGGCUAUAUGAGCUUUGGAAAACUGGCAGGUAUCGAAAUUAUCCGCCUGAACAGCUUGUAGAUAUCAUAGCUAGGGUUUUAUCUCUAGUGCCUCCUUGGACACGUGUCUAUCGAGUACAGCGUGAUAUACCUAUGCCCUUGGUUACUUCUGGUGUUGAGAAAGGAAAUCUUCGUGAAUUGGCUUUAGCCCGAAUGGAUGAUCUAGGACUUAAAUGUCGUGAUGUGCGAACUAGAGAAGCUGGGAUUCAGGACAUUCAUCACAAUAUAAAGCCAGAAGAAGUGGAGCUCGUUCGCCGUGAUUAUACAGCUAACGAGGGCUGGGAGACCUUCCUCUCGUACGAAGAUACACGACAGGAUAUUCUUGUGGGCCUACUCCGUCUUAGGAAAUGUGGUAGAAAUGUGACUUGUCCUGAACUUGUGGGAAAGUGUUCAAUUGUUCGUGAACUUCAUGUUUAUGGAACAGCAGUCCCUGUCCAUGGACGCGAUGCUGAUAAGUUGCAACACCAGGGUUAUGGUACAUUACUAAUGGAAGAGGCAGAGCGUAUCGCUACCAAGGAGCAUAGGUCAACAAAAAUUGCUGUGAUCUCUGGUGUCGGUACCCGGCAUUAUUACAGAAAACUGGGCUAUGAACUCGAGGGACCUUAUAUGGUGAAGCAUCUUGUGCAACAACAUUCUAGUAGGCUUUAGAUGUAGUAGAACAACUAAUUAACCAUUUGUAUAUUACGGAUUUUGAUCCUCACCUGUCAUUUUUAUUUGCUUAUUUUCUACCCAUUUUACUAUGUCUAUCAUGUCAUGUGUGUUUGCUUUGAAAGCAAAUAUCACUAUCUCACGAUUACGACCUUUUAAUCCAUCUUUGGCUAAAACUUUUUCAUAAUUUUGUCACAAAUUUAUUAAUUCCUCAAA